AGUCGUAUUUCUAUUUUAGUCGACAUGUCUACGAGAUACAAGCACGAUGCCAAUCGGGUGUAUGUGGAUAAACCGUUGGAAUCAUGCACAUCGACCAACUCGUUAUUCUCGAGCAAAAGAAUUAGGCAAGAAGAUAAGACUGUCAGUGAGCAUAUACGUCUAUCACAGCUGCAUCAGAAUGGCCAUUGAAAUUGCACAGGAUGCUAAUUUUACGACUCUUGCCAUUAUUGUUUUUCUUAUGCAAGCCGGGUUUGCAUUCUUGGAAGCUGGCUCAGUCCAAUCAAAGAACACAACCAACAUUCUUUUCAAGAACUUUAUCAGUAGUAUUUGCAGUUUUCUUGCAUGUUGGGCAUGUGGACAUAUGUUUGCUUUUGGAGGUGGCAAUGCAUUUAUUGGAAAUAAGCACUUCUUUCUUGCUGCAGUUGGACGUCAUAGUGAAGAGUUAGUUGAUUGGUUUAUUUACUAUGUUUAUACUAUCACGGCAGCCACAAUUAUUGAUAACAUACUGAGAGCUUUCAUCUUUUCUGUUGUCUUGCUGGCAACUACUAACGCUGGUCAGAACAUCGUAAACGGCACCUCCUGUCAUCCAUGUGGAUUUCGUGGCUGCUUCAACCAUGACCUCACCAAAUGUUGUUUACCGUGCUAUUGCCAGCAACCCACACCACGUCACUGGGGUGUCUGCGCUUAUCCUACGCCGGUUUCUCCUAUGGACGGCAAUCCGUGA